AUGCCUAUAAAAGGCGCACAUUUCCGUGUUAAAUAUGAGAACGAAUUAGAAAAAUUAUAUGAUGAUAGAUAUAUUGGCAAAUUAGGUGUAAGUGAAUUUAAUAUGAAUAGAUUGAAGAAACUAAUUGAUGCUACAAAGGUUCAACCAAAGAUCGAUCAGAUUAAUAUAAAGAACCUUUGUUCUGUAUCUCGUGAAUUAAUUGAAUUUGGCAAGAAAAAUGAUGUAGAAUUAUUGACUCAUAGUGAUUCUGAUGAGAAUUUUCACAAGAUUAUAAAGGGAUAUACUGAUUCAAUGAAAAAAGCCACCACUGAUAAAGUGUUAGAUGGUUCUGAUGAGAAUGAAUAUGUGCCACAAUGGGUAAUAAAAUAUUCUGUGGAGAUUAAAUGCAGGGGAAUAGUUGCCAAUAAAGGUAAAUCUGAAUCUAAUAAUAGAAAAGAUUUAAUAAUUGGAGGCUCAUUGUCGUCUUGCUCAUCUUUUGAACUAUCUUCCGGACCUUCGCAUUCCUCUCCUUCCUCUUCUACUUCGAAUAUUAGCCAUAAUGAACCAAAGAUUUGGACAUUAAACAAUUUUGAUAUUGGAUGUGGACUUGGUAAAGGACAACUUGGACGUGUUUAUCUUGCAAGAGAGAAGACUAGUGGAUAUAUUGUCGCAUUGAAAGUAAUGUCUAUAUCAGAAAUUAUUGAUGCCAAGGCUGAAAAACAAUUAAGAAGAGAGAUUGAAAUACAAACUCCAAUGAGUUCAUUUAUUUAG